AUGGCAGGUGACGGUGGGGACCUUUUGGAUAACGUCAGAGGAUCAAUAAUUCUCGUUAGCGUCGGCUCAGCUGCACUUGUGUUAGCAAUCUCCAUGGCCGUGAGUUGGUGCAGGAGUCACGUCCCCACCCCGAGCCCACCAGAACCCAGAGGCGCUUUUACGCCCCAAAACAUUGAAAUGGCGAGCAGCUUUGAGAACUCAGCCGCCCACCCCAUCCCAACCCAUAAAUACCAUAAGGCUAUAGCCUUGGCCGGAGACGACGGCCUUUGCUCAGUGUGCCUGUGUGAAUUUGAAGAGGGCGAGGAGCUGCGUACUUUGCCUGAAUGUUUACACUCAUUUCAUGCCCCAUGUAUUGAUAUGUGGCUUUAUUCUCAUCAAAAUUGCCCCAUGUGUCGUGCCAACGCCCUGCCUUCACUGCAAAACUUUCGACAGCCGGGUCUCGUUCCUGUCGAAUUGGAAUCCGUUAUGUUACAGAUUGUUGUACAAUCAAGAACCAGAGGGUUGGUUUGA